UAGCCCUUGGUGCCGUUUGUCAAGGUAGCCGAGAGCGUAGGGUGGUGGAGCCGUGGUCGAGGUAGCCGUGCGAAGAACGCCGCAGUCGAUGUCGAGUCGGGGUAGCCGGUGUCGAGGAUGUCGCUGUGAAGCCGCGGGCGCAAAGAGGCGCCGAGUUAGUCAUGGGCGCAGUGGUGGCGAAGUAGUGUGCGCCGGGUAGAGGACGGUGUUGACGAGGCGUCGCGCCAGGUUUGCCAAACCCGGGGACACGUCGUAGACGAAGGCACGCGUCGGUGUUGCCAGCACCGGGCGCACUGUGGACAUACAUACAGUUACCGAGGUAAACCUCACUGGCGAGUGGGCCACGGUUGCUCCGUGCGAGGCACGAGCCCCACCUGCCAGCCUCAUCAGCAGGCCCCCAACGGUCACCCCACCCCAGCACGCGGCACGGUAAAAAACUGAGCGGUCGCAUUAUAUACACCCCACCACGCCGCGCACUGGCAAAAACCUCAAUCUAACCGUUGGGCUUUCCUGGCUCUCUCCCCUUCCCUUUCCCCCAAAACCUCGCCGCCGCGCCACCUCGGAGACGCCGCCGGCGCCGGAAGAAGGAGCCAUGGCAACCAUCGCCAGCGCGGAGGCCUCUCCGGCAGCACAGGCGAAGCGCCGCGGCCGGCCGCCAAAGGCCCCGCUGGCGGCCGACGCGGCGGAGGUCGAGGCGCCGAGGAUCCCGUCGCCCGUGUCCCCGCUGACGGCCGCGGCGGAAGGCUACGAGCGUGAGCGGGAGGCGAGGAUCAAGGAGAACAUGGAGCGGAUGCAGAAGCUCGGCCUCGUCGACCUCGCCACCCGCUUCAACCAGUCCGCCACCCCCGCCGGCAUCGGCACCGGUCGCGGUCGCUGGCGACGGAGGCCGGAGACGCCGGGCUCCCCCGCCGCCGCCGCUCCCAAGAUCAAGUCCGCCUCCCCGAUGCCCGCGCGCCGGUCUCUCAGGUUGAAGAGCGUGGAGCCAGUUAGAUAUGUUGAAAUUUGCGAAAAGAAGGAGAAGGGUCUUGAUGGUGGAAGGCCUUUCUCUAUUGAGGAAGGGUGCAAGGAAGAAGUUUACACUGAAGAACAUGAGAAGCUUUUAGGUACAUGUGCCACACCCUGGACUCUCUUUGUGGACGGUUAUGGCAAGGAUGGUAAGCGCAUCUAUGAUCAAGUGAGGGGCCAAACCUGUCAUCAGUGCCGCCAGAAAACUCUGGGUCAUCAUACAAGAUGCUGUAAUUGCCAGAUUGUCCAAGGGCAGUUCUGUGGAGAUUGUUUGUACAUGAGGUAUGGUGAGAAUGUGCUGGAAGCUAAGAGCAAUCCUAAUUGGACAUGUCCAGUUUGCCGUGGCAUUUGCAAUUGCAGCAUCUGCAGAACUAAGAGAGGAUGGUUCCCUACUGGCAAUGCGUACCGGAAGGUUGUCAGGCUUGGGUACAAAUCUGUGGCCCACUAUCUCAUUGCAACAAAUCGAGCAGGAGCAAACUCAGGGGAUUCAAGCUCAGCUGACUCCUCAAACGAGCUGCCAUCUGCUGGCGAGGUCUCUGAGCACAAGGCACCAGUUGCCAAGCAGGAUGCUGAUCUAAGCAGCAACGUGAUGAAUGAUGCUGGUGAAGUUGAGCAGAAGGAAGGGAACAUGAAGAAGAAGGCAGCAGCUGUGAAGGAUGAAGCCAAGGCCCCGAGGAAGAAGAUCACUGCUGAUGUGGUCUGCAAGGAUGAUGGCACGAGCGAGUCCGGGGUGACAUUUGAUUCUCUGGAACGUCACCAGGAUGUCGGCUGCGUCACUCCAUCUAAGCCGGAGCCAAAGAAGAAGAGGAAGUGGGUCGAAGCAAGAAGCCCUGACUGCGUCGCAAGCAGGCUGCGCUCCCGGUCUGCUCCCAAGUCAUGAGCAUUUGAUCAUAUGAGGGCUGGGGACUCCUUUUGCACUGGCGUAUCUGUCGCUGGCAUGAUUCUCUGGUUUGUGGUGUGUUUUGGUUCGUUGGUGUCGUUUAGUUGCUGUAGGUAGAUGUGCCUGGUGUUGGUGUGGACUUGCUAUAUGACCCCUCCAUUUGUUGUCACCUUGACGCUCUGGUUUAUCGUGUUAUCAACCUAGUGUUUCUGUUCAUGCGUGUUGUGAUUAGCUAUUUAUGUUGUGUUCA